AUGCCUAGGACGAUAGCGGAUGCAAUCACGGUGUACCUUCAGAUGGGCCGGAGGUAUCUGUUUGUAGACAAGUUUUGCAUAAUUCAGGAUGCAGGAGAGCGGAUCAGAGAGCUCUGCGGGGAAAGAGAGGAGUUUAGGGGGGAAUGCUCAGGAGCGAAAGAGCUAUACCUUAUUCUAGGAACGAACCUGGGCCGAAAAACUAUGUUGGCGGAUGGAAAGGCAUUGGCUAAGGUGCCUAUUGUGAAUGUGAUGAUGAUUGAGUGGGAUGGGACUUUUGGUCAUCGCCGUGAGCCUGGCUUUGUAUAUCUUGUCGACUGGAUGAAGUUGCGGCGAGAAUGGAAGGUAAUUAUGCUUCCUUGA